UGACGUAUUAGAAAAAGGAAAACGGAGGCUUUCAGAGGAACACAAGGUAACAAUUGUUGUCAGUAGGAUGCUAUCAACUUUGGGUGAUUUUCCUUUGCAUUAAAGUCGAUUUGACGCUCGAUGGUAAGAUGUGGUGCAUUGAAUGAUAAUGUUAAACAAAGCCAGAGGGACAGAAAUAGCCAAGUAACGUUGGAACACGUGCUAAUGCCCAGUUACUAUCCAGUCAGAUGCCUUUUAAACAGCCCCGGUAGCUAACGCUAGCUAACACCGAGUUAUCUCUCGUGGACGCCCCAAAUAAGAAAAGUGACACAGCCCACCAUUCGCAUCUGGAUGUUUUCACCCUGACACUGAGGGGAAAAUGGAAGAGAUAAAGACCGAGCCUGUGGAUUUUGUGAGGGAGUUCCAAGAAUACCUGACCCAGCAAACCCAGCACGUUAACAUGAUCUCGGGCUCUGUUUGUGGAGAGAAAGAGGCAGCGGUGGAGUUUCAAGCAGUAGCCCCAAGGUGUGAGCAAAACGGCCUGGACCCCCCCUCUGUGGAGGUGAGCCUGUCAGCAGAGGAUGGGUCAGAGGUGCACAUGGAUGGCCUGGAGAGGACCUGUGAUGGAAAAUACAAGUGCAGCUACUGCAGCUAUGCCAACAAGGGCAUGGCUCGUCUGAUGGAGCACAUACGUAUCCACACAGGAGAGAAGCCCCACCGCUGCCAGCUGUGUCCGUUUGCGUCCGCAUACGAGCGCCACUUGGAGGCCCACGUGCGCUCCCACACGGGGGAGAAGCCGUACAAGUGCGACCUGUGCGCCUUCAGGUGCAGCGACCGCAGCAACCUCUCUCACCACCGCCGCCGCCGCCACAAGCUGCUGCCCGCCCGGCCCGUGCGCUCUCCCUUCGCCAAUAAGAGGAUGCUGGGCGCCCUGCAGAAGAGGACGGGCUCGCUGGGCUUCGGCCGCCGCCUCCUCAUCAAUUUCAACCCUCCGGCCGUGGCGGUGCCGAAGUCCGAUUGCGCGAAUGACUCCUCCCAAAAGAUCCACUCUCUGAACAUCAAUGGGUAUAGGGCCACCCCCGAGCUCGGUGAGAUGGAAAGCCACGGGAGCAUUGCUAAUGGUUUCACAUUUAAAAACCCUCUGGACCAGCUCUCUACUCUUGCCGGCCAGUUGUCCGGCCUUCACCCCGAGUCUCAGACCCCCGUUUCCCCCGGCAGGGAGUCGGUAAAGGACGAGAAACCGAUCCUCAUCCAGCACGUCUCCACUGAGCUGGUGGCCGUGUGUUCCAACGGAGUACAGACGUCGCCUCCCAAAGAAGAGUCGCUCUGCUCGGGCCAGGGGAGCUGCAGCCCCGUCCCCGGCUACGCCCUGGAGAGCACCGGGAACGCUUUAAACGGCAGUGCUGGCCGCAGCCGGCCGGGCACGCCCGCCCUCCCCCUGACCGCGCCGGACCGGCGGCAGCUGCACAAGUGCCAGCACUGUGACAUUUCCUUCUCCGAUAAUAUACUGUACACUAUUCACAUGGGCUGCCAUGGCUACGAACAGCCACUGCAGUGCAACAUCUGCGGACACAUGUGCAACGACAAAUAUGAUUUUGCGUGCCAUUUCGCACGUGGCCAACAUAAAACGUGA